AUGAAGAAGUGCCUCCUGAUGAUCGGCGACGUGGCAAACGUGGAAGCCCACUGGGCCCAGCUGAUCCAGCCAGCAGUGUACUUCUACCAGCACGAGUACAACGUCAUCAUCAUUGACACACCGUCGCUGGGAAGCAGUCAGCAUCGCUGGAUGCAGUACGGUCCUGCAAUUUUCCGUGGCACCUUGCAGUACCUGGAGGUUGCACAGGUGAGCGUGUUCUCUAUGGGACUGGGCUGCUGUCUGUUCCAACAGAUUCUGGCCGAGACGCCGCAUGUACUUAGCACCACCCACGUUAUGUACAACCAGGACAUGCCACCGGAGAUGAGUACAUUUCCCUUCGACGUGUUCGAGGUUGAGGUGGCCCUGCGUGACAAUGACGUGCAGAUUUGGCUGAUGCUCGGAGUGAAAAGCAAAGCAAUGCAGACAAAUCUAGACCCGGACGACAGGGAAUUGCAGCACCUGGACAGUCGGUCUGGGGCCGUGUGCUCCAAAAGCGCGACGCUGCAGCCCAGGGAUGGCAACGAGCAUCCCCGCUACAUCGAGCUGGAAGGGGAAGCGGGGAGUUGCAGCGUCAACUCGGAAGGAUUGCCAAAUGCUGGGAUCGGUCUCUACACGGAUGUCUCGGUACUCAGGAGGUUGAAGGACAUCGCCGUGCCCAGCGGCAAGCCGUACAUCCUGUCCAUUUCUGGUUUAUCACUGAACGAGAACCUAUCCAUGCUGGAUGGGCUUGUGAAGCACCCCGAGACCCUGCACUACCUGAACGCUGUGGAGGUGAACGUGGCGUGCCCGAACGUGCCUGGAAAGCCUCUGGUGGGAUAUGACUUCCCGCAGCUGGCCGACGUGGUGGAGAAGAUCGCGUGCCAUGCUAUUUUCUCUCCGCCCCACAAUGUGGCCUUGGGCUUCAAGCUCCCUCCGUACUUCGAUGUUCCUUUCUUUGAUGCGGUGGCCGCCAUGCUCAACCCACAAGCAAAGUCGAGAGGCGGAGCCCUGGGCUAUGUGGUAUGCUGCAACACUGUCGGGAGCGCGCUGGUGGUGGAUGUGGAUUCGGAAUCCACUGUCCUGCAUCCCAAAGGAGGCUUUGGGGGCAUGGGCGGCCACCAUGUCCGGCUCAUUGCACUGGGGAAUGUCAGACAGUUUCGAGAACGGUUGGACCCAAGCAUCGACAUCGUCGGAUGUGGAGGUGUCUCAACGGGUGAGGAUGCCUUUGCUCACAUCUUGUGCGGGGCGUCGGCUGUUCAGGUUGCGACGCAGCACCGUGUGGAGGGUGCUGGAUGCUUCGCGCGAAUAGCAGCCGAACUUCAGGCACUGAUGCAGAGGAAAGGCUACCGACGCUUAGACGACUUCCGCGGCAAACUGCGAGUACGGUUGCCAGCAAUCAGUGUUGCCAGCCUGGCAUGGCCAGUGACAAAGUCACUGGCACGGCGCCAACUCGCCAGCCUCAGCCCUGCCCGCCUGGAGUCCGAGAGGAGGAUCUCGGAUUCGGAGCGAAUCUACGAUGAGAUCCUGACCACAGAGAAGCUGAACACCGGGGCGAUUCGCGUGGAGAAGGUUUGGGUCAGUCGGGUUCCUAUCCAUGUGUUCCGGCACGAUGUGCUCUUCACGAUGCAGCACUACCUCAGACAAUACCCAUCAUCCGUGCAGGACGAUGUUGUGGACGGUCUUGUCAAGGAUCUCCUCGACUACUUCCGGGAAGACAUCAAGGAGAUCCCCGAGCUGCCAGCUCUUAAGCACGAGCUGCUCAACAGGUCAGACAAGGUUCGGAGGCUUGUGGCUUCAGGCAACCGCAAGCGGCUGGAAUUGGUUGAGGAGCGCAUCAACACUCAGGUGCAAGCGAAGGAGCUCUCACAAAACCGACAAAGCCCCCUGAAGCCAGAGGAGUCGAUGUUGGCUCUGACAGCCGGCCCACAGCAGCUGUCGCUGCCUGGCAAAGUCGAGGAGCAGAAGGUCGAGACCCUGGCGCUGUCCAGGCGCGGAACUGGAAGCAAGCUGGCGGCGAAGAUGCGAAGCAAGUCGAACUUGACCGUGGUCUCGGAGGAUGGCCUGGACAUCGAUGGCGAUAAUGAUGAUGAGGAGGAGUCUCUGGUGGACUCCUCCAAGGACUACAGAGAGCAGUGGGCUACUCUACAGCCAAUCCGACGGCGGGCUGCUCCAAAAGGUUCGGAGCCCAAGCCUCUGGCGCUCGAAGCACCAGCCAUGCAGAGGUGGGUCUCUGUCUUGCAGCUGUGGCUCUUUGCCGCCAGACUGCCACUCACUGAGGGCCUUAGCAGCCCGCAGUCUUCGGAUGUCGACAGGGGCAGCCCAGUGCUGGAUAUUCCGACUCUGAAGGUGUUGCUUCCGAGCGGCAGCUGCACCAGGAAAGCGGACCUGUUGAUCUUCGAUAUGGUUGAGACGUGGCUGCUACCUCGUGCUAACGUCCACUUUGUUGUCGCGUGCACCAUGCACAGGAUCACUGCAAAAAUCCUCGAGAUGGUAGAGGGCAGGGGAAACCGCGUGACUCCAGGAGCUUUGCGGCGAGAGGUGAAUCUUGUGGCCUUCGCGAGCUCAGGCUCAUCCCCCGACAAAGAGCCGGCCCAAACCAUUGAGGAGCAGAAGACCAUGCUGAAAACGCUGAUGGGAGAAGGUCUAGUCGAAACAGACGCCCAGUCGGAUCCAUCCACCGACUUAGUGAGCGAGGCGUCUGACUUUGAGUGCAGCGACAGCCAGAGUGACGACGAACCUCAUGCGUUCUACACAGAGGACACAGUUCUGAUCUUCGAUUGGGACGACACGAUGCUUCCCUCCUCGUGGCUCUCAGAGCAGAGCUUGAGCCUGGACGAGGCAUCUCACGUCUCGUUGGAGCAAGAGGCACAGCUUGCUGUCUUGGCACAGACUGCUGCUGAGACUCUUCGCGUGGCCAAGCGCUACGGGAAGGUAGUUCUCGUCACCAACGCAGAAUGCGGCUGGAUUGAGCUCAGCUGUCAAAAGUUCAUGCCAUCGCUCUACCCGCAUUUGGAGGAUGUGACUUUGUUUUCAGCGCGAUCUACCUACGAGGGUCAAGGUAUGGCUGCUCCAUUCCAGUGGAAAUACCUUGCUUUCGAGACUGAGAUCUGCAACUACUACGAAUCAAUGACGUCGGAUCGCCUCAAAAAUGUCAUUUCCUUCGGCGACUCCUUUCAUGAGCGGGAGGCGUGA